UGUCCAAGUAGUGCGCGGUGAGACAUCAUGGCUGAGGGACGCGUACGGCGGUUCAUCCCGGAGGACCUUUCCAAUGUCGAGUUUGAGACGAGCGAGGAGGUGCAGGUCGUGCCUACCUUCGAUGGCAUGGGCCUGCGCGAGGAUUUGCUGCGGGGGAUAUACGCCUACGGGUUUGAGAAGCCGUCAGCCAUCCAGCAGCGUGCCAUCAAGCCCAUUGUGAAGGGGCGGGACGUCAUUGCCCAAGCACAGUCCGGCACUGGUAAGACGGCCACCUUCUCCAUCUCCGUCCUGCAAAUCCUGGACAUCGGUGUGAGGGAGACGCAGGUUCUCAGUCUCUCGCCCACCAGGGAGUUGGCCGUCCAGAUACAGAAGGUCGUGCUGGCGCUGGGUGACUACAUGAGUGUGCAGUGCCACGCGUGCAUCGGUGGCACCAACCUGGGUGAGGACAUCCGCAAGCUGGAUUAUGGGCAGCACGUUGUUUCUGGCACGCCUGGCAGGGUGUUCGACAUGAUCAGGCGACGCACCCUUCGUACUAGGUCUAUUAAGAUGCUGGUGUUGGACGAGGCUGACGAGAUGCUCAACAAGGGCUUCAAGGAGCAGAUCUAUGACGUGUACCGCUACCUGCCGCCAGCCACUCAGGUUGUGCUCAUCUCCGCCACCCUGCCCCACGAGAUCCUUGAGAUGACCUCCAAGUUUAUGACAGACCCCAUCCGUAUCUUGGUGAAGCGUGAUGAACUGACACUGGAAGGCAUCAAGCAGUUCUUCGUGGCUGUGGAGCGAGAGGAGUGGAAAUUUGACACUCUCUGUGACUUGUACGACACUCUCACCAUCACCCAGGCCGUAAUCUUCUGCAACACCAAGCGCAAGGUUGACUGGCUGACAGAGAAGAUGCGUGAGGCAAACUUCACAGUCUCCUCCAUGCACGGGGACAUGCCACAGAAGGAGCGAGACGCGAUCAUGAAGGAGUUCAGGUCGGGACAGUCUCGGGUCCUCAUCACCACUGACAUCUGGGCCCGAGGAAUUGACGUGCAGCAGGUCUCACUGGUCAUUAACUAUGACCUCCCCAAUAACCGUGAGCUGUACAUUCACCGCAUUGGCCGUUCAGGAAGGUUUGGCCGCAAGGGUGUGGCCAUCAACUUUGUCAAGAACGACGACAUCAGGAUCCUCCGGGACAUUGAACAGUACUACUCCACACAGAUCGAUGAAAUGCCCAUGAAUGUGGCUGAUCUGAUCUAAGAGGUGUGACUGGGACAAAGCACCUGUGUUAAAUUAUAGCCUUUUUUUUUUUUUUUUUUUCCACAUAUAUCUUCACAUUGUAUUGAGUAAAUUGGAAAUAUGUGAAUGACCAAUUUUAGAGUUUGGUUCAAUUGUAUGCAAUGUGUGAAUGCAAGAAUGCCUGUUUUAUCUAUCUAUUCAACUGAGUGUUUAAAGGUACUCACCCAUUGUAUUGGUAAGUUAUGGACGCACACACACACACACACACACACACACACACACACACACACACACACACACACACACACACACACACACACACACACACACACGUGCAUAGUUCAAAUUGUCUUUACAAGAAGUGUUAUAUGAGUGCCGUGUUUCCCAGACUCACCACUGCACCUUCCCUUCAUUUCAUUCUAAUCCAGGAAGUACAAAAUUACUCCACAACUUUAUAAUGGUGCAAGUUAAAAAUGAAGGGGAUGUGUCUGUUUUAAAACUGCUGCACCUUUCUUUCAGUUUUUCUCUAAUAUAAUCCAAGCAUCAUCAGAUAUGUUACUGCUCCUUCACAAAAAUAAAAAGGUAUGAUAUAAACAAUUAAAAAGAAAGAGGGUAACGUGUCGCUCCUUUCCGUAAUUUUCCAUACCAAGUAGAAGUUGAAUAGAGCAUAUCUGCAACAUACGGUACCACAAAUGAUAUAACAAAGGAGAGGCAACGAUCUUAUAACUAAGACGACGACAGCAUGUUAGAAGUCUGGGAACCACUGCACUUCACUACAUCGUCAUUAUUAACUCCGUGUAAAUUUUUGUAUGCGAGUUGUACAAUACAUACCAAUGCAUGGAUGUUUGUAA